UUUUAUGAAUGAGAAAAUACAUACAGUAUCAUGGCAAGGGUGAAAUUAUAGAUAGCGAAACUAAUUAUCACUCACAAAACUCGAGACAACAAUUUUAUGGCAUUGGUCACAGAUAAAAUACUAUUCGAAAAUCUUUCGCGAGGGAAAGGAGCGUGGUUGGUGAUGUCAUCCAUUAAUGCGAGAGCAAGAAAAGUAUUGCUUUCUUUUUCUCUCACAUUCAUUGAUCUACUGUAUUUGACAAUUUGUUAUUAUUUUGUGAAUCGUGACGGUAGGUAGGUAACAUCAACCGAUGCCAAGCAGCAUGGUUCUAAUUAUUGAUUGUUGAAACUAUAAUUAUUAUACCCAUCGAUUAUUAAUUACCAAAACUUACACAACAUCACAAAUAUGAACGCUUUAUUAGGUUAUGGUUCGUCUUCAAGUGAUUCCGAGGAAGAAAACACUGAAAAUGAAAAAUCUCAGACAGAGAGCACAAAGCCUAAAUUACCAAAGCCGACGAUCGGAGAAAGUAGCCUACAAACUUCUGUAUUUUCCAAUCCGUUCGUGGAAGCUGAAUUAGCAAAGGCGGCAAUACUUGAGAAGCAUGUGAAAAUGGUUCCAGGUAAAGACAACACGCAGAUGAUAAAUGGCAAACGGAUAUGCUGGAACUACAGGAAAGGGCGCUGUCGCUUUGGUCACAAUUGCAAGUACGCUCAUGACACAGACAUACAGAAGUCCAACGAUGAGAUGGAAGCGGACAAGCAGAAACUGAAGUCUGUGGUUUGUGAGGGUGCAGGCACAAUGACGGCAGUACCUCCUCCCAUAGCUGUGCUAGACACAGUACUACCGACAGAUGAUGCCGUUUGGGAAGGAGCGGGAGACAAGAAAAAACUAAAGAGACCAGGAUUAAGCCAGACUCUAGUACCUGGCAAGAAAGUUAUCAAAAUGUAUAAAGAACAGAAAAUCAAAGAUACAAAUAAAAAUUGAGUAAAAUCA